AUGGGUAGCUUACAACCCAACCCGGCGACGAUAGGCAAGGAGCCCGGGGUUCGGCUCCCAAGCAACGGCAAGACGAUAUACCACCGCCCCCUCAACCGGUCCAAGACGGCCGAGAUCAGCCAGGCCAGCUUCGCCUACCUAUUCGGAGAGAUGAUCACCUACGCUCAGCGACGGGUCAAGGGCAUCCAGGAGCUCGAACAACGGCUGAACGUCCAGGGCCACUCCAUCGGCCUCAAGCUCCUCGACCUCCUCCUCUUCCGCGAGCCCGCCCGCUCGCAGCAGCGACCCACCACCAUCAUCGCCCUCCUGCACUUCAUCAAGCAGACCGUCUGGCAGCACCUCUUCGCCCGGCAGGCCGACCGCCUCGAGAAGUCGGCCAACCCGGACACGCCCGACGAGUACAUGAUCAUCGACAACGAGCCCCUCGUGAACCAGUUCGUCAGCGUGCCCCGCGAGAUGAGCCAGCUCAACUGCGCCGCCUUCGUGGCGGGCAUCGUCGAGGGCGUGUGCGACGGCGCCGACUUCCCCGCCCGCGUGACGGCGCACACCGUCGCCGAGGGGGAGAUGUGGCCGGGGAAGACGGUGUUCCUCGUCAAGUUCAGGAGCGAGGUGGUGGAGAGGGAGGCGUUCCUGACGAAGACCUGA